CUUUAGCCCAAAUCUGCGGGAGAAUAAAUAGCCUUUUCCCUCAACAACUCAAACCAUUCUCUCCUUUCCAGUGUCUCUCCCAUGGCAAGAAUUUAUCCCCAGACCUCAUCCUCCUCUUCUUCACCAUCUUCUUCAUCUUACAUCACCUCAAAGCGUGAGACGUUUACAGUGUGGAUGAAGUCUCUUGUCUUCCAUGGCAAUGGAUGCACUGUGUUUGACUCCAAUGGUGAGAUUGUCUACAGGAUUGAUAACUACAACAGAAAAUGCAGCAGAGAAGUUCAUCUCAUGGAUCUCCAUGGCAGAGUACUCUUCUCUAUCAGACGAAAGAAAUUUUCAGUUUUUGGACAAUGGAAUGGCUAUAGAUGCAACAACAGUGAAGUGGAUUGUGAAGAAGUACUAUGCUUUCAAGUUAGGAGAAGUUGGAACGUUUUGGGAGGAGACUCGAAUAGCUACUAUGUCAAUCCAGCUUCAGAUCAACCACAAGAGAACUGUUAUGAAAUCAUUGCAUUACCUGGAAAAUCUUCAUUCAAGAUUGUCAAUAGAACAAGAGUAAUAGCAGAGGUUUGUGCUUCUCCUCCCAUCAAUCUUAAACCAUGUUCUAGAAGUUAAAAGUUUUUCACUUUUUCCCCUACAGCCCUACUCUUUGUAUAUCUUUGCUGACCUUAUGCAAUGUUGGGGUUUGCAGGUGAAACAAAAGCAGGAAAAAUCUGGAGUUGCUUUUGGGAAUGAUGUGCUAACUUUGAUGGUAGAGCCUCACUGUGAUCAUUCUCUAGUUAUGGCUCUUGUGACAGUCUAUGGAUUGAUUAACAAAAAACUAUGAAAGAGAUUCUGUACUCAUUUAUACAUUUAUUUCGACAAAUACAGUGUAUAUGUGAAGGAAACUUACAUGAUUCAAAGGAUAGUAGCGUACACUGUUUAGAUCCUAAAGAAAUUCUAACCAAUUAUUUUCUUGUCUUCAAGAGCAUAUGGCAUCGUUUGGAUUUACUGAGAGUUUCA